CGGACAACGAUCAUCAAUGAGAUCCAGUACACAAUGGUCAACCAUGGCAUGAGCAUCGACAGGCGGCACGUGAUGCUGCUCUCUGACCUUAUGACUUACAAGGGUGAAGUCCUAGGCAUCACAAGGUUUGGCCUGGCGAAAAUGAAGGAGAGUGUGUUGAUGUUGGCAUCCUUUGAGAAGACAGCUGACCACCUCUUUGAUGCAGCCUACUUUGGGCAGAAGGACUCCGUGUGUGGAGUAUCUGAGUGCAUCAUCAUGGGAAUCCCGAUGAACAUUGGCACUGGGCUCUUCAAGCUGCUGCACAAGGCUGACAGGGACCCGAACCCUCCCACGCGGCCCCUCAUCUUCGACACGAACGAGUUCCACAUUCCCCUGGUCACGUAG